AUGAGGGAGAUUAUCCUCCUUCACUGCGAAGCUCUCAGCGUCAACACGGAUCCACGGGAGACCGGCUGGAGGGGACGCAACAUGGGGAACACGGACACCAAACUUCACUUCAGGAAAGCGGUGAUUCAGCUCACGACCAAAACUCAGCCUGUAGAAGCCACAGACGAUGCGUUCUGGGAUCAGUUCUGGGCCGACGCCUCCACCAACGUGCAGGAUGUUUUCACUCUGGUGCCGGCCGCAGAGAUCCGAGCGGUCAGAGAGGAAUCGCCGUCAAACCUGGCGACCCUGUGCUACAAG